UACAACAGGUUAUUGCAUUGCAGAGUGUUAUCCUCUGGACUAAUACUUAAUUUAUAUUGCAUAUCGGCUAGAGUAGAAAAAAAUCCUCGAUUAUAGAACGGACACACUUUUUACCAUGGAUAAUCUUCAAAGUGAGAAGCUGUUUGAAUAAUCUGGACCAAGUGUGGGAUGGCGGAGAGUGUUCCCAAUAUGGAUAACUCGGAUGAGGAGGAGUUCUAUGAUCUGCCGGAUUCCUACCUUGAGCUAUACCGUGAGGAAGGAGAGAAAACUCCACCAGCAUCACAGUCUGACUAUGUUCCUCCUCCAGGAGAAGUAGCAGUUCUCAAAGCUAAAAGCAAAGCUUCGCAAUCUGUCACAGAGCCCAACCCUCCUGUGCAGAUUGUGGUCUCUCAGGUCAGUAGUGAGUCACUGUCCCUGUGUUGGGACACCCCUGCUGGUGAAGUGGAGAGUUACAUUGUCACUUGUUGCCAUGAAGGAGACAUUGUGCAAGAGUCAACAGACACAAACAAGCUGACUCUCAGCAACCUGAAGCCCGGGGUGUGCUACUCUCUUCUGGUGUCUACACAACUUAGGAAUGGAAGAAUAAGCAAGCCGGCUGUGACAUCUGCCCAAACAAAGACACAUCUAGAGAGCUUAUUGGAGGAUCUGGGGUUGGAGCACCGCCUCAAAAAGAAGCUAUCCCUCAGCACAAUACUUCAGAUUGACAAGAAGACCAUCAAUGAUGAACUUGCCAAGUGUAACUCAGAUCUUCCAUGGUACUUCCUACAGAAACUGAUGAUGGUUAAUGUGACAGCUAGGAAUGUGAAAUGUACAUCUGCAUGUGAGUCAAGCUGUAAUGAUCCGCUGUUAAAUCUUGAUAAUCUAGUUAAAGGUACAAAUUCAGGUGACAGGCUAAACCCCCUUGACAUAAUCACUGCCCUCUUUCUGUGCUCGGAUGGUUUUGUACGGCAGGAACUGUCACUCAAGAUGUCUAUGUGUCAGUUUUCAGUUCCUCUGUUGCUUCCUAACUGUGACACAAAGCAGUGCACACUCAUGCUUUGGGCCAUGAGAGACAUUGUAAAAAAGUACAGACCUCAGUCCCUUACCGAAUCCAAGGGCUUUAUUGAAGACAGAAUCGUUCUCUCUGAACUUCCAAUGAUAUCUUUUGUGAGACUGGGUGAGUGCUCCUUGUCCAAGUCAGAGAUCCUCAAUAAGCUUCUGAGCAAUUCUCAGCAGUAUCACGAUACCUUUGUUCAUCAUGAUAUGGAGUGUGGUGACAGUCCAAGGAGAAUAUCCAAUGGACUCGUUGAAAUCUCUUGGUACCUUCCUUGUGGCAACAAAAACAUGGAUGUCUUCAGUGAGCCAGUAGCUGUAGCUAACCUUCGUGGGGACAUUGCUUCAUUUGAAACACAAUUUUCCUUUUUGUGUCAGACAUCUGCAGCAGUUUUUGUGUUCUUUGACACUUUGGACUCUGAGUGCGACCUGCUCACCAACAAACACCACAAGGCACAGAUCUUUUUGGUUGGGAACCUUCAAAGCAAUCACUUUGGUAUAGAUGCUCUACAAAAGGUAGCAACUAAGUUGAGUUUGACUAACAGCAACAUCCUUUUGAAGACUAAACAAAUGAAUGAUGCAGACUUUGUUAAAACAUUGCGGAAAACAGUCAGCAAGGUAGUUGAGAACUCAAAAAUGAAGAUGAGAAUUGAGCAGAUGGCUGACAUUGCCCACGAACUGGGAAUCUGGGUUGAUGAAGAGUCUUCAGAGUGCCAGACUGCCAAGAAAAAUGCAAAUGCCAUCACGGCUGAUAUUCAAGAUAUCCUUCAAUACAAAGAAGCUCAGCUGCCCUUGCAAGGCCAAAUAUGGAAGGAACUGACUCGCUUAGAGAAGGAAGAAUUUCGGCUUCGAAAUGUCGGAUCUAAGAAUAUAGAAGACUACAAAAGUGAUCUUCAGAUACAGAAAACACAACUUCGGAAAGAACAAAACUCUCAUGACAUUUCAAAUGCAAUGACAUGUUUCAUCAAUGCAAUAUCAAGCCCAGAGAUAGAGAGAUGCUAUUUCCUGAAAUGGAUGCGAAUGAACCUCGAUAACGUGUCUCGAGAGAAAUUGUCUGAUCUCAGGGAGCAGUACAAAGAAAAAUGCAAAGAUCCUGAAAACAAAGAAGAAAUCAAAGACAUUGACAGACAACUUACCAACAGCUCAUUGGGGAUUGAACACUUCUUCCGUGAAAUGGGUCAGAUCUACGAAGCUUCACUUUCCCUUCCAGAAAGAGACCCAUCACGUGAACAAUUACAGCAUCUGCCCAAACUAUGUGCACAAUUGUUACUUGAUGGCUUUCCCCUUGAGCUUGUAGAUGGAGAAGCAUCCAACAUACCUCUCAGAUGGGUCAGUGACGUUCUUUCUCAGCUCAGUGACUUGAUGUCUCCUAAGAACAAGAUACUGGUCGUCACAGUUCUUGGAGUUCAGAGCACAGGGAAGUCCACUCUCCUCAACACUAUGUUUGGAGUGCAGUUUGCAGUCAGCAGUGGUCGAUGCACUCGAGGGGCCUUUAUGCUGCUCAUCAGAAUCAAUGAAGAUGUCAAAAAAGAACUCAACUGUGACUUCAUGGUGAUCAUUGACGAGGGCUUGAAGUCACCAGAGCUUUCACAACUGGACAAUAGCCACGAGCACGAAGAGCUUGCAACACUUGUUGUGGGGCUGAGUGAUGCCAUCAUCAAUGUUGCAAUGGAGAAUUCAACCGAAAUGAAAGACAUCCUACAAAUAGUCGUGCAUGCUUUCCUCAUGAUGAAAGAGGUGGGCAAAAAGCCCAAAUGUCAGUUCGUCACCAGAAUGUGUCCGAUGUUCUCCGCCCAUGAGAAGAACUUACGAGACAGGAAAACUGCUCAGCAACAGUUAAACGAGAUGACCCAGGGCAGCAGCCAAAAUGGAAAGGAAAGAGAGAACAAGAGCUUCACUGAUGAGGAGUACAGUCCAGACACCGGGAACUGCUACAUUCCUGGACUCUGGAAUGGAAACCACCAAUGGCAACCGGUCAAUGCAGGGUACAGCGAAGCUGUGUAUGAGCUGAAGAAGAACAUAAUCCAUAUUUUGGGAAGCUGUGAAUCAUCUGCUAAUGAUAUCUUGGAGUUUACAGAGUGGAGAAAAGUCUUUAAUGCAGUUAAGCAUGAAAACUUCAUCUUCAGCUUCAGAAAACAGCCUGGUGGCUGA